AUGUCCGACAUCAACGACGAGCAGCGCGAAGCCCUCACCGCGCACAACGAUGCCCGCGCGCAGAAGAACGUGCAGCCGCUCACCUGGGACGGCAACCUCGCCAACGACGCGCAGGGCUACGCGCAAGUCCUCGCGGAUACACAGGACUUCAAGCACUCGGGCGUGCAGGGCCAAGGCGAGAACCUCUUCAUGUCGUCCGGCGAUGCGUCGCUCGCCGACGCGGUGCGCGCCUGGCUCGGCGAGGAGGCAAACUACCACGGGGAGAAGAUCGGCGAGGGCGACUUCGCUGCUUGGGGGCACUACACGCAGUGCAUGUGGCAUAAUACGACGAACGUGGCGGUUGCGAAGGCAAGGAGCGGUGAUGGGAGCACGUGGAUUGUGGGGAGGUAUUCGCCGCCGGGGAACUGGGGUGGGGAGACACCGUAUUAG